CAUUUUGAUGAAUAGAGUCGCUGUCAGAUGCGUGGAAAGAGGACGGCUUGUUGAAGACAGGCAGCUGGAAGAGAGGAGAGCAGCCGCGGCAUGGCUCCUCCGCCUAGAUACAUUUAGUUCUGAAUCCGCAGAGCUGGAUGCCACGGAGAAGCAGCUGAACUACCGCCGCCACCGCGUCACCGUGUUCUCAACGCUGUCGCGCUUUUCGUUGAUAUAUUUUGUCCUUUUUGUCUCAUUUUUUAUAUGGAAGUCUGAGUACAGUUGUGGAUGUGGAAUCUUAAAGCAACUCACCCGUGACCGUGCCAUAGGUUCUCUCAACACUUUUCCAGUUUCUGUAAAGUUGUGACGGAAGAAGGAAACGCUUUGUCCUAAUAAGGAGCCAGAGGGCCCAUCAAGAUGGUGAACAGCCAAGCGUCAAGUGUCCCACCAGCUCCCAGGUCGUGUGCCGGAUGCGGGGGGAAAAUCGCAGACCGCUUCCUGCUCUUCUCCAUGGAGCGCUACUGGCACACACGCUGCCUUAAGUGUUCCUGCUGCCAGGCCCAGCUGGGGGACAUCGGCACCACCUGCUACAGCAAAGGGGGCAUGAUUCUCUGUCGCAGUGACUACAUCAAGCUGUUUGGGGCGUGCAGCGCCUGUGGUCAGUCCAUCCCAGCAAACGAGAUGGUGAUGAGGGCACAGGGGAAUGUUUACCACAUCAAGUGUUUCAGCUGUGCCACCUGUAGAAACAGACUAAUUCCCGGGGAUCGCUUCCAUUACAUCAACGGUACAAUCUUCUGCGAACAUGACAGGCCUGGCGCUGCUUUGCACAACAGCCACCUGGCCCCACUUCAGAGCAGCUCGGUGCUGACGGACCAGAAGGUAUGCUAAGCGGGGAGAAUCCAGAGCGACCUCGUCUCCUUCCCUUCUCAGCCUUCUCCUUCCCUCCAUGUAUUCUUCCUCCACUGCUACUGGUGCUGUUGUACUUGUUGUUGGGGAGCCUCAUUACUCUCCUCCUCUAGUCUCACUUUUCCCAGCGAGGCUCCACUUUUUCCUGUAAGAUGUCUUCUCCCUCGCUAUUUCAGAGGUUUUCUAUAGAACAGCAUCUCCAUUCUGUUAACACUCAAUGGCAAAGUGGUCUGUGUAAAGACUUGAGACUAUGUGGGGGCUGCAGUGGCAAAAAGUCUCCUUCAAGACUGAACAAAGCUGGAGGAAAAUGGUGACUCAGAAAAGCUGUAUAAAACCGCAGAGGGAACAAAAGUCAUCACUGCAGAAGUGUGAUGGACUGCUGUGAACUUAGAGAAAGUGACUGAACUACAUUUGCCAUGUCAUAUUAUUCCUCCUCUGUUCUUUUUUAAAUCUUUCUAGCUGAUCAUGAGAUCCAAGCACUGAGACUGGCAUCUAUGAUUUGUGUAACUGAAAGUGAUUGGUUGUAGGGAGCCAUUAAAUGAUGUAAUCCAGGGUUGUACUCACCAUAAACGGCUCAUCCACGCCUCAGACUCUGCACAAAGACGUGCAAUAUAGCUGUGAUGGUUUUACUGUUUUCCUUCUGUACAGUUUCUCUAUCAGAUGCCUGUGUAAUGUGUUUAUGGGUGGUGGGGUGGGGGCUGUGGGUAUGAAAACAAAAAUCCUAUUAAAACAAUUUUCCUGUAACAUGUCACGAAGCGACCUGAGGUCAUUGUGGCAUUAGUGC